UCUUUACCUUAUUUCACAGAAUAUAAUAGAUGUAAUGGAGGACAAGUUGAAACAUGCUGGCGCUUUGCUAAAUGAUAACGAUAAAAGUCUAGCCAAACGUUUUCGAGCUCUUUUUAUGCUAAAGGGCAUUGGUGGAGAUCAAGCCGUGAACUAUAUUGCAGAAUGUUUCAAAGAUUCAUCUGCCUUGUUGAAACAUGAACUGGCAUAUUGUCUUGGACAAAUGCAGAAUAAAAAAGCAAUUCCUGUGCUCAUAUCUGUCUUGGAAGAUACAUUACAAGAAGCUAUGGUAAGGCAUGAGGCUGGUGAAGCAUUGGGUGCAAUAGGAGAUGAAAGCGCACUGAAAACUCUUGAGAAAUAUGUAAAUGAUCCAACUCCAGAAGUCGCUGAAACUUGCAUAUUGGCUGUUGACCGGAUAAAAUGGCUAAAGCAACGAAGACAAGAAGUACUCUAUGAGAGUCCAUAUGAAUCUGUAGACCCUGCUCCACCAGGGGUAAAAAACGAUGAAGAUAUAAACUCUAUAAAAAAUAAAUUAGUGAAUAUGAAAUUGCCUUUAUUUGAAAGAUAUAGAGCAAUGUUUUCACUGCGCAAUAUUGGCACCGAAGAUGCAGCGACAGCACUUGCGGAAGGUUUAAAUUGUACAGAUAGUGCAUUAUUCCGCCAUGAAAUUGCAUAUGUUUUAGGUCAAAUGCAACUUCCAAAUGUAGUACCGCAACUCAAUGCAAGCUUGAAAGACUCGAAUGAAAACUGCAUGGUUCGGCAUGAAUGUGCUGAAGCUUUGGGAUCAAUUGCUGAUGAAACUUGUUUGAAUAUUUUAAAAAGUUAUCUCUCGGAUCCUGAUGAUGUUGUGAGAGAAAGUUGUGAAGUUGCAUUAGAUAUGUAUGAUUAUGAACGAAGUUCUGAAUUUCAGUAUGCAAUAUCCGAUGCGGAUUAAUUACCUCAAUUUUUAGAAGUCUGUACUAUCCUAUCUGUACUUUUCAAUUUAUUGUUCAACUCUAUGGGAUUCAAUCCAUAUUAAUAGUACCAUCUCACAAAAUACAUGGUGUAUCUUGGUUAAUAAAUUUAGCCAUUCAUUUUCAUAUGAUCAUAAACAAGAGAGCUGUGCUCAAAUAUAUGGACACGUCACAAGG